UUAUUCUAUAUUGUUUCUAUAUGUAUUUCUAUGAGUCGCAGCAUCUCUUGUGAGUGUGUGCGUGAGCGUGCGUAAAGACCGACAGGCUCGAGCGCUUCAUUUCGAUUCACCGGGGACCCCUGCGCGCAACAAGAGCCCCCCAUGGGUGCAAUAGUGCAAGCACAGACGGCGGUGAUUGGCCAGAGGUUGAUCAGAUGGUACACUUCCCCUCUGUAUUCAGUGGCACCUCACAACCCCCCCUUUCAGCAAAAACCAAAUCUCGGAUAAAGUAAUGGCAAAACCACUUGGACUAUAAAAGACAACAAAUCAUAUUCCUCCGGAGUAUAUACACCCCGUUGUCCACCCAAUGAGUUCCUAUUUUGUUAACUCAACUUUUCCCGUGUCUCUGCCGGGAGGACAGGACUCUCUCCUGGGUCAGAUACCGUUAUAUUCCUCGGGAUACACCGAUCCGUUAAGACACUACUCGAACGCGGCCACAUAUGGAGCAGCCAACAUGCAGGAGAAGGUUUACCCGGCGUCCUACUACCAGCAGACGGGCGCAGCGGCCGCGGCCAUCUACGGGAGGGCCGGCGGCGGAGCGCCCUGCGACUACAACCCGGUCGGGACUUUCUACAAGGACGCGGAGGGCUCGUGCGCUUUCUCUAACCGCGACGAGCAGCCGCUGUUUGUCACUCAGGAGCAGCGCAAAGCGGCGGAGUGCCCGGAGCAGACUGUCAGCAUGAGCAGCAGCAUCGACGACAAGUCCUCCACUCUCAUCUACCCGUGGAUGCAGAGGAUGAACGCCUGCUCCGCCGACACACCACUACAGAUUUCAAGUGCACUCUCAGGUCCUUUUGGCAACAGUGGCCGCAGGGGCCGACAGACCUACACCCGCUACCAGACUCUGGAGCUGGAGAAGGAGUUCCACUUUAACCGCUACCUGACCAGAAGGCGCCGGAUAGAGAUCUCCCACGCCCUGUGUCUGACGGAGAGACAGAUCAAAAUCUGGUUUCAGAACCGCAGGAUGAAGUGGAAAAAGGAGAACAAACUCCUCAAUCCCUCAAAGACACCCGAGGAGGAGGAACAAGCGGAGAAAAAGAGCUAAAGAAGAAAAAAAGACACUGGGGAAAAAAGAAAGAAAAGGCAUGUGUGUGCUUGUGUGCACACUCCCUAAAAUAAAAAAAUAUGUAUUAUUUCUUUGUAGAUAAAGUGCUGCAAAUCACAUGUUAGAAGACGUGUAGAGUGAUAGACUUUUAUUUCAGUAUCUGCACGGUGAUAAUGUCUGCAUUAAAAAUCAGGUCCUCCUCUGUUUGUCCUACUGUGCUCGUGUGUUUUUUUUAUUUAGGGGACUAUGCAAAAAUCCGCCAAAAUGUAAAUAAUUUUUAAGUGUUUAGUUCCUGACAAUGUCGUUACCUCAUUCUCGUAGGCCCUACUGAGUUUUGUUUUUAUUACUUUUUAUGACAUUUAAAUGUCCUUUUACU